UCCCGUGAGCAGCACAAAGACAAUUAUUCUAUUUCCUGGCUCUCCGGGACACGGUACUCACUGCAUCUGGGGACAGUCGGGGCCUCUUUCCGGGCUAGAUAUCAGAAGGCCCUUGGUUAAACGAUGCAGAACUACUCGUUUGCGCCAGCAAGCGGGCCUCCACGGGAGGGACAAAAGAAUUAUGUCUUCGUGGACGAACAUAAUCGACAUAAGAGGCUCAAAGUGAUGCGAGCUUGUAACGGUUGCCGAAAAAGGAAAAUCAAAUGCGACGCUGCCACCACCAACACUUGGCCAUGCUCCGCAUGUACGCGAUUAAAAUUGGUCUGCGUGCCGCCGACUAUUGCUCAGGAUGGUGACUUCCUUGCGACUGGACAGGCGCUUGGACAAGAAUCCCAUAACGUGGGCACAUCCCAUUCGGUAGAUGCGUCGCGCCAGAACCUCCCUAUGCAACAAAACCUAGGGAGCAAUAGCCCGAAUCAGGUCGGAGGUAUCGCACCUUAUAAUAGCGCCUUAGGAAUCUACUCGCAAUAUGUGCCGUCUCAAAACCAGCAUAGUAUUUAUAGCGAAGUUCACCCACAGCUUACAAUGCCGCAUCCAUAUCAUCAACAGGCGGUAUACCCGACGACUCCAUCUCGGCCACUUGCAAAUGCGGAGAGCGGCGUUUUCCUCGACCCAGAACAGUCAACUGCAGAAGGUCUCAGCGAGGCCCUUGGCGAACUCAAGAUUGACGAGACUGGAAUUGCACCCUACAUAAGGCGACAGAGGAAAGGCAUGGGCGAGCCAGAAGCUCCAGUCGACGAUGAAAGCGACGACAAAUUGCCGCCCCUCAGUACCGGGGCCGGUUCAAAAAUCCGAAUUCCUCCUGAACUCAUGCCUUCAGACGAAGAGGCUCUAAAAUAUUUCGAUAUCUACUUCUCAGAUAUACAUCCUUACGUUCCUGUAGUACACCGUUCUCAUCUCUAUCGCCAAUGGCGGCAGGAGCGUGCUUCAAUAUCACCUCUACUUCUCGAAGCCAUAUUUGCAUGUGCCGCAAGGAUGUCCGAUGAUCCUGCCCAAGGUCGGCAAUGGCUUGCAAUGGCUAAUAGGCACGAACUUAGCUUCAUGGACGUACCUCGUUUAAGCACCAUCCAGGCGCUUUUGUUGUUGUUAAAGGCCCGGGAAUCUGCGCCGAAAAAGGGGUAUUACUACCGAUCAUGGCAAACGGUCAAAACGGCCGUGUCAAUGGCCAAGGAUCUUGAUUUACACGAGCAUUACGGUACGCAUCAGGAGGAAAGAACCUGUGAACUGGACCCAAUAGAGUGUCUGGUCCAAACACGCGUUUGGCAGACUCUUCUGGUUGUGGAAGUAAUGGUCGGAGCACCACAAGGACGCUCUGAUUAUGGUGUGGACCCGGAGACAGUGGACAUGCGGCCACUCCUGGAUAUACCCAAUAUGGAUCAAUUCGAGAUCGAUCGGUCAAGACAAUUCUCGUACUUUGUUCGAAACGCGCACCACAUUCGGCUGAUCGCCGACAUUUACCAUAAGAUUAAGAGACAAAAAGAUUGGGGUGCAGACUCUCGCCUUGUGGAGAACAACCCUUUGUUCAGUGACUGGCUUAGGAACCUUCCUCCAGACUUGCAGGUGACUUAUCCUGUGGAUGGUUCACCUCCCUGGCUCUCAUCUCACUUUGUGGGAAAUAUGCACUCUCAUUGUCAUCUAGGAAUCAUAAUGCUGCAUCGCCCUCAGCUUCUUGCGUCGAAGUCAUUCUCUGCAGGUGGUAGUUGGAAGACGCAUAUGGCCUUGUGCUAUUCGUCUGCCAAAAGUCUGUGCCGGUUGCAGGAGGCAAUACUGGCCCGUUUCGGUCCCUCCGGGUUGCUUUACAUGCAACGUGGAAUCAAUUUCAGCAUAUAUUGCAUAUUGACUUGUACUAUGAUUCAUCUUGUUGCCAUCACCUCUCCAGACCCUGAUUUCCACGCAGACGCUCGCGACUACUUUACUCGACACAUGCGAAUUCUGGAACAGUGUGCGGCACAUUGGCUGAUGCCAGAGAUUCAGGCACAAAUAGAUUCUCUGCGGCUCGCUUUUUCCGCGGACAUAAAUCGACCCUUCGAACUCAAGCCAACAUUUCCCUACGGGAGCCCCUCUGAAUCCUACCACCCAAGUCCGCCAAUGGACUCACAAUACCAGCCUCACUUUCACCAGGUUCCAGCGGCCGCCCCUAGCAGGCUUGGAUAUGGCGCACAUCCUAUCAGCCCGCCCAUUUCUUCUGGAACCGAGGAUUCCAAGCCCGAUUCUCCUCAUCUUCAAUCAUUGGGUAUGAUAGCAGACAGUCAAACUUCAGACGCACCCCUCGGGGUUCCCUUGGUGGAUGAAAACAGCUGGGAUCCUACUCGGAUCAUCAACCAAUGGGAUAUGGCUUUUUCAGUCGCUCCAUCAACCUCUAGCACAAACUCACCGCCAAUGCCUAUGAACAACCCUGCAAUGGGCGCGGCAACUUCUCUGCCCAACCAUUACCCGAUACAAUAUGCGCAGGCCGGGAAGAUGGCGUCUGUGGCACCGAGUCAGCCUGCGUAUGGUCCUCAGCCAGUGAUGAUCACAGCGAGAGACUGGCAACAGAGUGUAGCUAGUGUCUUCGAUCCGCAGGGACUGAAAAGGAGAUGGAAUUAUUCCGUCGACCUCGGAUCGGAAAACGCUUCGAAAAGGGCGCGAUAAUAAAAAUCGAAGUUCUAGCCCAGCCUUUCAUUAUUUAUUCAAAGAAAGAUCUUCAAUCCCUAUGAUGAUGGAAUCCUCUGUGCGGUAUUUCGACUCAGGGCUUGUUAUGACCUUACGUUGUCUCCAUUACACAUGCUUUAUGAUAUACCUCGCCUUGAUGGCAGUGUGCGAUAUUCAGUUUUCUUUUCUCUUCUCCCUUUUCUGGGUUUGGAAUUCGCAAAAUAUACCUAUGUUUGAAUUGGAUACGGUGAGUAAGCGAAUAGCUUUCCAAUGUUGAUUUUCAAUCUCGAGCCUUUCUUCUUUGUAUAUGAUGGCAUGUUCCGCGUUUUUUUGAAUCGACAUUGAUGGUUUCUUCCAAAACUACGUCAUUUUAGGGACAGGCUAUGGUUGCCAGGAGAGCCGGUAUAGGAGUUUGUACAUUACUGUCCAGGGCAUUAUGUGGUCACUUGGAUCGCGCUU